UCCUCUUUUAAAUGGUAACCUGAUUGAGGCGUUAUUGGAUUACUGCCGGGUGAAAAUGGUAUUGAGUCGUUUUACAGCUCUGUACUUUAUUAACUUUCUCUCGGGGGUUUUGUUUGUUUGUUUGUUUGACCUUACCAAGUCACUCAGCAUGAUAGCAUUGGCAAUUCUUAACAGGUUUGGGAACUUUUCAGAGCCUGCAGAUUGUGUGGUGUUAUUUAUUGGCUUUGCAAUGAUACCUUUAUUCUAGUGAACUAUGAAGAAAUAUAGCAUUCAGUCUUUAAGCCAGAAGGAAGAGUCUAAUUUUGCAUGUUGUCAAUUAAAUCCAGAGGGGAGACUUCCCUCUGAGGUGUUCUUUUAAAGAGUUUACUGAUGUGGGUUUUUUGUUUGUUUGUUUGUUUGUUUUAGAGACGAUGUAUUUAUUUCUCUUUUUGAUUUAGAAGUUAUCUGUAUUGAAUCAAAAGCUUGAUGUUAAUUAAUGGAAAAAAGAAAAUAACUAGUAAAGUUUCUCUGUUAGGGGACUACAAGGAUAUCUCCUUCCCCCCUCCUCUCUAAACUCUUAACUCUGUAAGUAGCCCAGGUUGUCCAUGAACUCAAGAUGAUCCUCUUGCUUCGGUCUCUUGUGUACUGAAAUUACAAAUGUGGGCUACUACACCUUGAAUUUUACAUAAUUACUUUAGCUCCUCAUAGAAGCUUUACUUGACAUUAAACUAGCAGGUUAAGUGAGCUGGUAGAGGGGAUUCAGACACUGAAGUAAGUACUUGACCACACAGACUUUUGUGACCCUUCCUUCUUUCCUUCCUUCUUUCCUUCCUCCCUCACUCCUUCCUUCCUUUUGUCCUCAUAUUUUAAGUUCUUUCUUGAAAGGUUUACACAGGCAACCCUGAGUGGUCCCCAGCCCUGGUAUCUGAAAGUUCUUAAUGUCAUGUCCAGAGCAAGCUUGGCUUUCUUUGUUCCUCACCCCUGGAACCCACAUACUCACAUAGUCAAGUUCAUAUUUUAUAACAUAGAUGCGACAAGCAUUAUUGAAGAGUACAAAAUGGAGUUUUUCAAAUGAAAGCUAGUCUUUCUUCCUUCCCUUCCUUCCUUCCUUCCUUCCUUGUUUCCUUCCUUGUUUCCUUCCUUCCUUCCUUCCUUCCUUCCUCUUCUGAAACAGAGUUUCUCUGUGUAGCUUUGGCUGUGCUGGACUUACUUUGUAGACCAGGCUGGCCUCAAACUCACAGAGAUCACCUGCCUUUGCCUUCUAGAGCUCUGGGAUUCCAGGCAUAUGCUAUGGAGCCAACUGCUAGCUUUUCUUCUUAAGGACAUAUUUGUGUGUAGCUGUAAAAUGCUGAAACUGCUCAUUUAGUUUUUCUUUCUUUCUUCUAGCUAUAAUUAAUUAUUCAGUAUGUUUCCAUUGACUGAGGAAAACAAACACGUGGCCAAGUUAUUGUUCAGUUCUGGUACCUGUCCAAGAUGUAUCUUCAGAUUCUGUGGUGUGGAUCUUCAUACACCUUACAAAUGCCCAACCAAGGAGUUGUUCGAUGAUCUACAAAAAUUUCUAGAACCUGAAAAAGAUGAAUUAAUUUUGGAAGCUUCAAACCCACCACUCAAGAAAAUCCGUCUACAGGAAGAUGGGCUCGAUAAUUGGAGUGCAAAUUGUAAGGAGGGAGUCUCCGUUGCUGAAGGUGAAAGCGUGGCCGCUAAGCCUUCAAAUUUGAGUGUGUGCAAUGUUUGCUUAGGAAUUCUUCAGGGAUUCUGCGAAAAAGAGUAUGUUACAAAGGUGUGCCAAAAGGUUGAAGCCUCUGGAUUUGAAUUCACCAGCGUGGUUUUGUCAGUCUCCUUCCCACCGCAGCUGUCAGUGAGAGAGCAUGCUGCAUGGUUGUUGGUAAAACAGGAAACGGGGAAGCAGAGCCUGUCUCUGGGAAGGAAUGAUGUAGUCCAGCUGAAAGAAGCCUACAAAUGGAUAACUCAGCCCCUGUUUUCUGAGGAGCUGGGAGUUCCCGUUGAUGGAAAGAGCCUGUUUGAAGUGAGUGUGGUCUUUGCUCACCCAGAAACAGUUGAGGAUUGCCACUUCCUAGGUGAAGUGUGCCGGGAUUGCUUCAAACCAGCCAAAAACAAGCAGUCAGUAUUCACCAGAAUGGCAGUUUUGAAGGCUUUGAAUAAAAUAAAAGAAGAAGACUUCCUCGCGCACUUUCCUUGUCCUCCAAACUCACCAAAGACUGUAUGCUCUGACCCUGAAAUUGAAUGUUCUCAUGGUGCUGUUUUUGUUGCUGGUAGAUAUAACAAAUACUCCAGGAAUCUACCACAAACUCCAUGGAUAAUUGAUGGAGAAAGGAAAAUGGAAUCUUCAGUGGAAGAGUUAAUUUCAGAUCACCUCUUGGCAGUUUUCAAAGCAGAGAGUUUUAAUUUCUCAUCCUCCGGAAGAGAAGAUGUAGAUGUGAGAACAUUAGGCAAUGGAAGGCCCUUUGCGGUUGAGCUGCUGAAUCCUCACAGAGUGCGGUUCACUUCGCAAGAAAUUAAGGAGCUCCAGCAGAAAAUUAAUAAAUCAUCUGACAAAAUCCAGGUACGGGAUUUGCAGCUUGUUACGAGAGAGGCAAUAGGGCACAUGAAGGAAGGUGAAGAAGAAAAGACCAAGACCUACAGUGCCUUGAUAUGGACGAAUAAAGCCAUACAGAAGAAGGACAUAGGGUUCCUAAACGACCUAAAGGACCUAAACAUUGACCAGAAAACGCCUCUCCGAGUCCUCCACCGAAGGCCUUUGGCCGUGAGAAAGCGGGCCAUUCACUCUAUGGAGACACACUACCUGGAUGAGCAUCAUUUUCGUCUGUACUUGAAGACCCAGGCUGGAACCUACAUUAAAGAAUUCGUGCACGGAGACUUCGGGAGAACCCAGCCGAACAUUGGCUCCCUGAUGAAUGUGACCGCAGACAUUCUUGAGCUGGAUGUGGAGGUGAGAAGAGACUGCUGGCUCUCCUGGACCAGAGUUACAGAUGGUUGUGAACCACUAUGUGGGUGCUGGGAAUGGAACCCAGGUCCUCUGGAAGAUAACCACUGAGCAUCUCUCCAGCCCUCUCCAGGGAAAAAUUAUCUUUGGAAUUCUUUUUUAAAAACAAACAAACAAACAAAACAAACAGCAACAAACCAGGAUUCCAUUUGUGAUACUUGCAGGUUACAUGGCUAAUUUACUAAUUGGUAUCAGGUUCUGUCAUUUACUGAUUUAUCUCUGGUGUCAGAUUAAAGCCUUAAACAAGGAAACAAAGUUGUAGCUGUGCCUCAUGCAUCCUUCCAAAUGCUUGGGUUGUGUUUUAUAAGACUUUUGGAGCUGGCCAUGUGGAUGCAUGCCUUUACUCCCAGCCCUGUAGAGGCAGAGGCUGGUGGAUGUCUGGGCUCAUGCUCUACAGAGUUCCAGAGCAGCCAGGGCAGUAUGGAAUACCCUCCCUCAAAAAGGGAGUGGGAGCCGGAAACCAAAAACCAAACCAAACCAAAACCAAAAAAAGGUAGUGGAGUGUUGGAUUUUAUGGCUGCGUUUAGCUCAUCUCAGUAAUGGCAGUUGCUGCCAGGGCACCACUAAAUUCAGUCCCUGGGAUCCACACAGGAGAAGCACAUCUCUGAGUUCAUAGCCAGCGUGGUCUACAGAGCAAAUUCUAAGACAGCCAGGGCUACACAGAGAAACCUUGUCUUAAAAAAACAAAACAAAAAAUUAUAAAGAAAAAAUGGCUUUUCCAGGCUAUAUUACAAAUUGUGCUCCUAGGCAAAAUCUGAUUAGAAAUUUAAUUCCUGCCUAACCUCACCAAAAGUCCUAAAAGAGUCAUUUUACCAAGGUAUGAGAAAUGGACACACACCAGAUAUGGAAACAGCUAUGGCAGUCAAAGUCAUGUUGACUUAAUGUGCUCUCAUUUCUCAAGUCCUUAGAUUGUAUAUGGCUCCCGUGGGGCACCAGGAUCCACUGUCCAGAUUGUAGGAGCCUAGUGAGGCCAACGUCAGGAAGCAGCUUAGUGUUGCCAGCCACACUUGCUUUUUUUUUUUUUUAAUUUGACUAUCCAAUUCCCUGAAAGCAUAUGUACAAAUAACAUUGCACAGACCGGACAGGUUAUAUCUAGGAACUACAUAUGUAUAUAGAUAUGUGUGUGUGUGUGUGUGUGUGUGUGUGUGUGUGUGUGUGU